UUCCAAGACAUCUGGCUAAGAAAACUAAUAGUCGUAAUAUUUAGUGCGGGUAACCCGUUCUGCCACAGACCAACUUAAGCUGUAAAGCCAGAACACACAGCGCGUCUGUUGCAUAGCGUUAUAGUAUUGGGUGUUGUGUUCAGGAUGUCAGCGAAACUGUAAAGAUACUAAUGCUAAUUCAAGCUAGCUUAGCUUAGCUGCAGUUUACUUUGCGACCGUUAGAGGGAUGUCUACAUCUAUUUCCAUGGCAACCUCAAAGCUGAAGGUAAACAAUAGUUGUUUGCUGUGCAAGACAAAAAGCCCACAGCUAUCAGUUUUGGAUUUCUGACAAUGGAGAGAAUAUGUCUCGAUGAAUCAGCUUUAAAAGCAGUGGAUAAGUACUGCGAGUACAGAAGGAUUGUGGGUGAUGAUGAUGGAGGCAGACUGUUCACCGAAGAGCAGUAUGAGGAGUACAAAAGGACGGUGCUCCCUCUACGCAUGAAUAACAGGCUGUAUGUGAGCUAUGGGGUGCCAGACGGUAUUGACUGCAAACUCAUUGGUCCUGAGACACAGUGUUUCUGUACACAUAGGUACAAGCAACAUAAAACCGACUUUGAAGUGGUUCCACCUGAGCGGCCACUGGCCCUACCAUGCCAGGUCAGGGGAUGUCACUGUCUCGCCUAUGAGUAUGUUCCACGAGUUGGGCCAAACCCAGUCCGUUGCAGGUGUAAACACUCGCCUCAGGAUCACAGUGAAGCUACUGGCCACAUGUGCAAGAAGUGUAGUUCCUGUUCUGGGUUUCAGAGCUCCUACACUUGUGGUUGUGGCCAGCCCAGCUCUGCCCACCAGACCCUGGUUGAGACAAAACCUGAGAGGGAGGCACGGGGUCGUCCUGUGGGCAGGGAUGUCCCGUAUGCUGCCAUGGGGGGGCUGACAGGGUUCAGCUCCCUGUUGGACGGCUACAUCGCACUGGAGACCUGUGGCUCAGAACAAGACAGAGAAGAUGGCUGCCAGCAGAGAAGCACAGCACCAAGGAUUAAGCAAACGUCUACUAAAGCAUCUAGCUUUUAGUAGAGAGAGAGACCAACAAACAUCUGUAAAACUGUUACAUUAAAUACUAGACGAUGAAGAUUCAGCAUAAAUGAAUCACACAUAUCUUCCAAUCUGUAACCUGUAUUCCUGUCUAAAAGUUUAAAACAUU